UUGCAUGUAUCCUCGUAAUCAUGACAACUUACGAUCGGAAAAACAAAAAUUCCUUAAAUUGCCUUGCGCUAUGACAUGACUCCAUAUUAACAAACGUAUUUUUAUUUAUAUUUCGUUAAAACUUUUCGGUUCUCAAUAUUAUUUAAUAUAAAAAAUAAAAAAAUCUGGGAAAAAUUAUAAGUUUGAAGGCUCUGGGGUGUAAUGCCAAUUAGCAAAGAAAUGGGAAUUAUAACAAGAUCUAAACAGCCGGCAAAAGCCGUAUAUCAGGUAAUCACUGCCCUCAAGAACUUGAAAAGCAUCAACGGCCCGACAAUGAUGGAUAUUGUAAAGUACAUUUUCGCGGCAAAUCACAAACCAUCGACAAAAUGUCAGAUAAUGACGGCCUUGAAACGCGCUAUAGAAUUUGGCUUAAUCAAACGGAAUAGAGGCCACUACUUAAUUUCCUCGCCAGAUGAAGAUUUAACGAACCUAUCCAAUUCGUCCAGUCGACUAACGAGGUUUCGCGAGUUACCUAAGUUCUCUGACAAGGUCACGAAGCGCAUGUCGAUAAUGAAGAUGGGUCGUAGAAAAUAUAGCAACAGUUCGCGCAAUGGAUGGAAAGUCGCAUCCAGGACAUCACGAUAUAAUUCGAAACAGGAUUCGAACUAUGCGUAA